AUGAUAGUUAGUGACAACGGGCCUCAGUUCAAGUCCGAUGAAUUUAAGAUCUUCCUGAGCCGAAACGGGAUUAAGCACAGACCUUCAGCUCCAUUCAAGCCUUCCAGCAAUGGUCAAGCUGAAAGGUAUGUGUUUACCGUCAAGCAAUCUCUUCGCGCGAUAAAGGAGUACCCCGGCACCAUCCAGCAAAAGCUCAGCACCUUCCUGAUGCAGUAUAGGAAGGCUCCGAACAUGACCACCCUCCACAGCCCGGCAAUGCUGCUGAUGAAGCGUGAGAUCCGGACACGCAUUGACCUGGUGAAACCGGAUCUGCACGCCAGGGUUCAAGACAGGAUUAGGAAGGAUAACUUUCAGUUCUCGGAUCGUGUCUUUCGCAUAGGGGACAACGUGGCAGUGCGCAACUACCGUCACGGUGAUAAAAGGUGGAAGUUCGGGAAAGUUGUCAGUAAAGACGGACAACUCCACUAUACCAUCAACAUCAAUGGGCAACUGUGGCGAUGCCACGUUGACCAAAUGAGGGACGGUGGGAAUCUGGAGAACCAGGAAUGGGAACGAAUCGGCAAGGCUCCAAAUCUUGCUUCCAGGGGCCACUGUUCUACUGCGACAACAGCAGCAGAUGCUACAACAGAUGGGAGUUCAGCUGAGCCACCAGCUGAACCAGUCGUCUUAUCGGCCAACACCAACCAGGCUGAACCAGCGACGGAUGGCAGCACCACCGCAGCCAGUCCGGUGUCGUCAACAGCAGAUCCGCCUCCUCUGCGCAGAUCCACAAGAUCUAGGAAAGCUCCACAGAGACUGGAUUUGUAA